AUGAGAUUACAGACUAAAGAAAAUCAAAGUGGUCCUUUAGCUGUGCUGAAAGCGUGGCGUGAUAAGAAAUAUGCAGAAAUUGACCAAGAGUAUAAUAAAAAAAUACAAGAAUUCAAUAGAAAAAUAAUAAAACAAGAACAAGAAGUAUCACAAACUAUAGAAAAUAUAAAGGAACUUAUUAAUGAAGGUGAAGCAUCUUCUGAUCAAGUCAAACAAUUGAAGAACAAGAUUGAAUUUAUAGAAAAUCAAGUGAAUAAACUAAUGACAAAUGAACAGAUGCAAAGUUCAUUUGAGGACAUCAUUGAUAAAUUUAAUCUCAUUAAUACUUAUGUUCAAUUUGGUCGUCGGAAAUGUUUAGUUAAAGGAAAAGUAUUUUGCCGAGGCAAAAAUCUCUAUGCUUUGGAAUGUGAAAUGCCAUUAACAGGCUAUGAUGGAUUGUGUCCAAAAUGUCGAGAUGUUCAUAUUUCGUUGCAACGCGGUCGAGGUUUUUACGUGUCUUGCGAAACUCUUCAUGAAAAAGUAGCACAACAGUAUGAAAAACAGACGUAG